CAUUGAUCCCCAUCGCUCUUUACCAUGUCCUAGUCACUCCUUUUAUCCUCACUAAUUCCAAAGCAUGCCCCGAUCCCCUUUACCCUCCAUCCUCCUGCAAGCCACCAUCCUCAAUGCCAUCUCCAACCUCCUGGCGCAGGUGAUAGACCAGUACCAGAAAGAUGCCCCAUUCACACUCAACACCCUAGCCCUGCUCCAAUUCAUCACCUACGCACUCAUCAUCGUCCCCAUCAACUUCUCAUUCCAGAACUGGCUCGAGUCCAGCUUUCCGGGCUUCCCAACAUGGCAGCGCCUGAAGCCCCGGAAGCCCACCCCCCAUCCCAGUCUCGAUCUGGACAUGGACGGCGUGGCCAUCGACAUCCUGCCGUCUGUGAAGGACAAGCCGAUCCCGAUGUUCCAGCCCCGAAAGGCCAGCCAGCGGUCUGGAACGUGGAACUUCGCGAUGAAGUUCCUGCUCGAUCAGACGGUUGGGUCGGUGGGCAAUAUCGUGCUCUUUGUGGUGCUGAUUAAUUUGUUGAAGGGCGUGGCGUGGUCGAGGACGUGGGAGUUGGUUGCUGAGGACUUCGAGCCCAUCAUGAUCGCAAGACUCAAGUAUCGCCCGGUUGUCUCGACGCUCAUGUACACGGUUGUGCCGGUGGAGCGGCGAGUGGUGUUUGGGAGUGCGUGUGGCGUCAUCUGGGGGGUUUAUCUGAGUCUGUAUGCAGCUGUGUAGGCUGGUUUCCUUCCUUCAUUCUUUUAUCCUUCUUUCUCUUUUCUACCUUCCUUCGUUAUGUGGCUCCUUUCUUUGGGCUCUCUUUUUUCCCUCAUUCUUUGGGUUCUCUUUUGUUUGGCUUCGGUUUCAUUCUACUUUCUCUUUGGUAACAUCCAUGAUACCUUACAAUUAGAUAGAUGUUGUGUGUACUAUAAUAC